AUGAAUCGUAAAACGAUUGCGGAGCAUUACUUUUCAAAGUAUUCUGCCAGUACCAUAGCCGCGUCAAGUAUUGCUGCUGCUCUAAGCGGCUUGAAUUGGCAUGGGCGCUCUGGUCACAAUUUACGUCAUUUGUUAAAUCUUCUAACAGAUUUAACAAGUAUCGCACAGGAAUGUUUACUUGAUUGCAUGGUUAAAAUGGAAGCAAUAUUUGAAGAGCAUAGUCGAAAACUGCAGCCUUAUAUGGUGACGGUAGAAGCUCAACAACAUAGUCAUAAUAUUAAUGCUACUACAAAUGGAAAUUCAAGGCUACCUGAUUUAACACAAACGUGUAAAAUGCAGGCUAACGCUCAGAAGGAUAUGCAGGAUAUAAAAUUCUAAGCAAUCCUUGCUAAUCAAACAAAACUUGUUAUAUAUUCGAAAUUUUUUAAUAAUAUUUAAAUGAAUUCUAUUAAACAAAUAUGAAAAAUAUAAAUAAUUAGAAAGAAAUGAAUUUAUCAGAUGGGAAUAAUAAAUCAAUAACUAAGGGACGAAAGAUGGAAAAUCUGAAAAGAAAAAACUUUAAUUUUGG